UGUUCGUAAACAUUUUACCUUAUUGAACCCAACGAUUAAUUACCCUUUAAUUGGAGAGGCGUGUUUUUAUUGCCGCUUAUUGGUGUAAUUGGGCACCUUGGGGACUUCUUUGAAAUGAAAUUAUCUAGUCACCUCGUGUGCGUUUCAGAACUUAUACUCAAGUUCUUAGUUUAAACGCUGGCCGCAACAGUUCGUUUGGCAAAAAAAUUCAACUAUGCACAAACUUGUUUUAUACUUUGAACAGUACCUGAAUUACAUUGCCAUUUUGAACGGUUUCACCAACCUUCGGAUAGAUUACGCCCAUAGGAAGAUAUACAACUCGAAACUUGUGAACUGCUAUGUGUUGAUGGCAAAUAUUGUCACUGUGGCUCUGCUACCAUGCGCCCACGCAAUUGCCAUCAAUUACAUCACUGCUAGCUUCAAGAACAAUUUGCUCGCCUUCACCGACUCUGCCAACUUGUUCGUCCACUACAUUGUUGUUGUAUUUUCAGUCACUGGUCGAUGUCGCCGAGAAAAAAUUUACAAGCAAAUUUCGAGCGAAUUAUUCAAGUUGGACCGGUCCUACUUCGAAAAAUUGGAACUGAAUUUGCGCAUUGAGAAACGUUCCAACUUUGUGUUGUUUGUAAAAAUGUGCAGCGUCUGUGCUAUGGUCGUGGUGCCCAUUUACGGUGUAUUCCAGCAAGCCAUACGUGUGGACGCCAAUGUGAUUAUGCUGGCCCUGUACUCGGGUCACAUCGAGUGCAUUCUACAUGGAGUCAUAUUCCUCUUCUUCCGAAUGCAAUGGCAAGUGCGAAAACGCAUGUGGCGGUUAAAUUUGCAUCUCGCGGACUUACUACAACGUCAGCAGAGGUUGCACCGGGACGCGGUCGGUACUCUGGCAGCGGACAGUGAUACAUUGCGGUGGCUAAGCCGGCUGGCGGCAGAUGAACUACGCGAAAUCGCUAGAGCUCAUGCGCACCUUAGCCAAAUGCUUUUGCGCCUCAAUCGCGUAUAUAGGUGGCAGGUUAUUGCAGUGCUGCUGACGUAUUUGAUAAGCAACAUUUCGUAUGGCUACUACUGGGUGGUGAUGAUGGAAGCCUCCAAACACGAACACCCGAGCGCGCUUUCCGUCUUGGGGUCGGUUGUGCUAUGUACCGUUGUUUUUUUCGAUAUUAACUUGCUGUAUUGGGCAGCGGAUGCAACUGCUCACGCAUGUCAAAACACCGCAUAUAUACUGAGAGAAUUUCAGGAGCCGCUGCUAACGGAUGCUCUAUUUGAACAGCAGUACGAGGUAUUCGCGCUGCAAUUAAAGCAACAAAAAGUCGACAUAAACAUAGCCGGCAUGUUCAUUCUGAAUCGACAGACCGCGCUGGCGUUAUGGGCCUUCAGUGCGCGACACAUACUCAUUCUUGUGCAAUUCGAUUAUGGCGCUCGGAAGCAGUCGCACCGAUCGGGAGGUGUGCUGGACCAGAUAAACCGAUUGCUGCAGUUUGGCGAGAAUUGGGCUGAGCAGUAAAUGCAAACCACAAAAUUACGCACUUCUGACUGUAUUACGCUAUCUGCUAAUCCCGACUUUGAAGAAGACAUGGGUGACAUCCUUGAUUCCGUUCAUGGCAAUCCAGACCUCAGCCAUCCUUCAACUGACAAUAUUCAAUUACUUUAUCUUUCUGUGGUCCAUUAGCUAUAGCUUGCAGUAUGUGCACAUGGCACAUCAAAUAUUCUAGAAGUCAAAGACGACGCACUGCACCAUGGGAAACGCAAACUGGAGGUACACUGGCAGUGGGCUGAACUGGCGCGAUUGGUCAAUCUCAAGAAUAGGUUUCUGGUCAGUACUUAGUAGAUUUUUCAGAUUGAAAGCUAUUUGCUGCGCAUUCACAAUAAUGACUUUCGUUUGGAUUUGUGUGGCAUGAUGGAUCUUAAAUUCUUGUUGUAAUUAUAUUGCA